CUGCAGGCUGCGGAGGAGCUGUGUCCGACAGACCAGAGGAGAGUUGCACUGAAAGACACUGACUGCGCUGAACAGGUCUCGGAUGUUAGCCUUUUCUUCUGAGCCGCAGACAACAACCCAUCUAGCCAGGUGUGACUAGGAGGCUGUCCCCCUUGGAUUUCGGUAUUCCUCUAACAUACUUGACGUCAAACCCGUGACAUUUGGAGAGAGGACAGAUUUUUUCUGCACCCAGCUUGACUCGUCACCCAGUCCCAGACCACCUAACCAGCCAGAAGGAGAGACCCCACCCCUUGCCCACCCUCCCCUGCUGCUAGCUAGCACCAGCAUGGCAGACAGUCGACAGCCAGAAGACGGUGCCCCCCAGUGGGACCCAUCAGGGGGACAGGAGCCCACUGGCACCCAUGGAGCCAAUGGCUUCUCUUCCUCCGCCUACAGGACCUGCCAGCCCCCCAUGGCUACGGGCCCCUACUCCGCCAGGGAGAAUGGCUUCAAUGGGGAGCUCACUGGUGCCCCCGCUAUAACUGCAGAGCAAGUGUCAGCACGGAUCGUGCAGGAAGUGACAGCAGAGGCAGUGGCGGUGCUGAAAGGAGAGCAGGAGACUCAAAGGCUGCCAUCAGUUGAAGACACCACAAAUCUGCCUCCCUCUCCUCCCCCCUCACCUGCUGCGGAGCACUUUAGUCCUCUGGAACAAGAUGUAGGGGAUGAGGAGGAGGCGGGCCCUCUCCGCCGCUUCCAAAAUUCUCGGGAGAGGUGCAAGUUCCUCGCCCCCUCCAUCUCAGUUUCCGUGCCCGAGGACGACCCCUACCACUCCGACGAGGAGUACUAUGAGCACCCGUUGUUCAGCCCAGAGUGGACGCACUCGGGUUCUCGCCCCACAGGGCAGGCCGUGGCCUUUAGACAGAUUGAAGAAGAAGAGACCAUGGAGGCUCUUACAGCUGAAUACGAGGAGGAGGAGGAGGUGGAAGAGGAGGAGGAUGAGGAGGAGGAGAGUGCAGAGGCAGCAGAGUCCGAGGCAGCUCUUGAUGAGCAGCAGUGGAGCGGGGAAGAGCCCGAGCUGGACAGCCCGCAAGCUGAGUCCUUAGAGCAGGCAGAGGCCAUAGACGAGGCCCAGGAUGUAGACCUGGAGCCGGGCGAAGCAGCUAGUGCUGCUGCAGAAAGCUCUAUGGACAGAGAGGAGGAGGAAGCAGAGGGUGGGGAGAGCCCUGAGACAGAUGUCCUUUCAGCUUUGAAGAUGGACUCAGACAAGCAGGGAAGCGAGAAAAGUGGUUCCAUGAGCCCAGACAGCAUUGGAUCGGAGAAACGCUCAGAGGAGUUUUUUGAGCCCCAGAUGCAAGGGUUCUUUGCUGGUGAACGAGUUGUACCAGAGAGCCCCACCAUGGAUAUGCCAUCCUUUGUACCUCCGAAUGUUCAAACCCAAGCCAAAGAAACCAGAUCGCUCACACUUCAGCCUGCGUAUGGCGAGCCAAUCACGGUGUCGGAGAAACAGCCGUCAGUGGAGGUGGUGGAGAUCAGCAGCAUCGGUGCUCCCUCUGAUUUCACUUCACUGGGAGACAAAACUCAAGGAGGAGACUCAACGAGGGACGCCAGAGACAGAUCUGGCAUGUCAGCAUAUUUUGAAACAUCAGCCAUGGAGGUUGAUGAGGCUCCCCAAUGUAAGGGCGAGGGUUAUUACGAACUGAGCAGAUCUGGUGAAGAGAAGAGUGCAGUUGACACCAUGCCUCAGGAGAUCAGCUACAGCACACUAGCUGAAUCUCAGGAUAAAGCCGAAACUAAAGAAAGUAAAGCAGAAGACACCAGAGUGAUCCCAGUUCCUGACAGGAGUAAUGAAUGCAGGCUUUCCCCGGGUAAACUGGCCUUAGACCAGAGGAGCUACUCACUUAACAUCACCAUCGGAGCGAUGGAUCCGAGUGGCCUAGGCAGACCUAGGAACUUCUCCCCACUGGCCACAGAUAUCAUGUCAUACACUAGUGGAAGUCUAGACGAGUCAGCAGACUACCUCCCAGUCACUACACCCUCCGCGGAUAAGCCCCCAGCCUUGCCUCCCCUGAUCCUGGAGACUGCUGCUUCAAUCACUUCAGAUUCCUCAUCUCCUCCAAGGACUACUGAAACCGUUUCAAAAACCAGCCCUGAACCAGAGUCGCCAGAAUCACCACAGCCCCUUAAGAACACCUAUAAAAAUGGCACAGUCAUGGCGCAAGACUUGCCUGAGUUGCUUGACCUUGCUGGUACCCGUUCCAGACUGGCAUCAGACAACACUGACCCAGAUAUCACCCGGAGAAAGUCAAUUCAAGCUGAUUUUCCACUCUUUGGUGAUGACCCGCUGGCUAGCAUGGUUUCAGGGGAACUGAGUCCUGGGGCCAGAAAGAGUGACAGCCAGCUGGAAGAGAUGGGCUAUUGUGUGUUCAGUGAAUAUUCAGGACCCAUGCCAUCACCUGCAGAUGUGUUCAGCCCUACAAACGCUUCUGCACAGGUCUUCAACCCUUCCGUCCUGGAGGAUAAAAUGAAUGAGCAAGCUAGGAAGUUAGCAGUCAGAGACACAUCUGUGGAGGACACGAGCGAGCCAUCAGGCGUUGCUGAUGUCGCUGAAGAGAAAGACCAGAAGCAAGUGGAGAGAAAAGAUUCUGCUGAAGAAAAGGGCAAGGAGGUGGCACAUGAACAGUCGAAACAAUCUGUAAGUGAGACACCACCAACUCAGCAAAUUGAGUCCUUUGUGACACCAACGGUCACUGUGACUCUAGAAGAAGGCGGGAGGUCAGCGAGUGAGACUGAACGACAAGCCAGCGGCGAGGGCUCAGCGGCAGAAACCGAGAUUGCCGACUAUGAGAGGCAGAUCCGCAAACUGGAGAUGGAGGACAGGCCUCUCAGUGUGGAGGAGGAAAGAGAGCUGCAGGAGCUUCGUGAGAAAGUGAAGCUUGUCCACCAGGAGGCCUACGAAGAAGUGGAUGCCGAAGAUGUGUACCAGCUCACCGGCGUGGCCAAGGACCGGAUUGCCAGGCCCAUCAAAACUUCACCUGCCUCGUCUGUGGAGAGCAACAUCGAUGAUGAUAAGCUGCUCUCUCCGGUGCUCUCACCUUCGAAGCUUAAGCAAAGAGAAGUUUACGGUUCCCCCAAAAGAUCAGUUUCACCAGUGUUAGGAAUAAACAAAGAGAAGGAGGAGUCAGAAAGAAAAAUGAGGGAAGAGCAAGAGAAGGAAGCGGCCGAGAAGAAAAUGAAAGAAGAGAAAGAAGAGGCGGAGAGGAAAAUCAGGGAAGAGGCAGAAAAGAAAGAAAAGGAAAUUAAAGAGAAAGAAGAGAGGGAAAAGAAGGAAAAAGAAGAGGCAGAGAGGAUAUUGAGGGAAGAAAAGGAAAGGAAGGAGAAAGAACAGAUGGAGCAGGAGAUGAAAGAGAAAGAGGAGAGAGAGAGGAAAGAGAAAGAAGAAAGAGAGAAUGAAGACGUGUUAGCUAAAGCAGGAGCAGCAGUGGUGAAGGAGAUCCCAGAGACUCGUGCUGCCAUCGAAUCCGUGGUGACAGUUGAAGACGAUUUUAUCACCGUGGUCCAGACCAUCGAUGAAGCAGAUGAGCCGGGACACAGCGUUCGUUUCUCUGGUUCUCCCGAGGCUGAAGCCCUUUGUGUCGCUGCCCAAAAAGAGGAAGAGGAGGAGGAGGAGGAGGAGGAGUCUGUGGAGUUGGCCCAAGAAGCAGACAUGGAGGCUGCAAGUCUAGAGGAAGUGGUAGAUGUUCCUGAGACACCUGCGUCCCCUGAGAAGGAGGCUCAAACCGCGGAAAGCGAAGCACCGACAGACAGCUACGAUAGAGAUGAAACCACAAUGGACGACUCCAUCCUGGACAGCUCCUGGGUCGACACACAAGAUGAUGAUAAGAGUAUGGCGACAGAGCAGAUUGAGCCUUUGCCCAAGGUGUCCAGCUCAGUCAAAAAGCCCGCUGUGGUCCAGAACAAGCAAACACAACAAAGGAAGACAGAGAAACAGGAAAAGCCGGUCAAACCAAAGGCCAAGGGAGGGCGGGCCAAAGGCCGAAUCUCCACACCAGAACGCAAACCUGUCCGCAAAGAACCUGUCUACAUCCCCAGAGAGGACAUCCCGAAGAAAAAAGCUGUGAUAAGGAAGGCCGAGCUGACCAAGAAAAUGGAGGUUCAGAGUAAAUCCCCAUCCAAGAGGAGCGUGAUAAAACCAGGCGUCCGCCACACCCGCCCCAUCCAGCACCACUCCUGUCCCAGAAGGAGACCCACAGAGGGGCUACCAGACAGUCGUCAGCCUCUCAGUGUUGCCAGACAGUCUCGUGACAGAGCAUCGUGCAAUGCCCAUCGUUUGCCUCUAACAAAGAUCCCCACCUCCAUGUCCAGAGUGGCUGCCUCAUUAGAUAGACCUCGCCCAUCCUCAGCAGAGCCUCAAAGCUUCCCAGUAUUACAGAGACUCGCAGCCAAGGACGGUGGGUCUUGGAGCCCUGAAAAAAGGUCCUCUGUGCCGCGAGUGCAUGCCUCAAUUCUGAGUCGCCGUGCAUACCAUGACCAAGAGGAGAGCUCCACCUCCAUCACCAGCUCCGGCUCCACAGCUCCUCGCAGACCCACAUCGUUUCGCACAGAGAUGAGGGCAGAGCAUAGGACAGGACGAGCCCCUAGCAUGACAGAAUCAGUUCGCUCCCGUUCGGCUCGCAGUGGCCACUCCACCCCCCGCACCCCUGGCUCCACAGCCAUCACCCCAGGAACCCCUCCCAGCUACUCGUCAUCCUCAAGGACCCCUGGAACCCCACGUUCCCUCAGCUUGAUUUCCCAGGAGAGGAAGGUGGCCGUGGUCCGCACCCCACCCAAGUCACCUGCAACCACGCCCAAGCAGCUCCGCAUCAUCAACCAGCCAGUGCCGGACUUCAAGAACAUCAGGUCCAAGAUCGGCUCCAUAGAGAAUAUCAAGUACCAGCCCAAAGGAGGACAGAGUCAUAUUUUAAACAAGAAGCUGGACUUCAGUCACGUACAGACAAAAUGCAGCUCCAAGGAUAAUGUGAUGCACUCUCCCCAUGGAGGCAAUGUGAUGAUACAGAACAAGAAGAUUGACCUGAGCCAUGUGACCUCCAAGUGUGGCUCCCUAGACAACAUCCAUCACCGGCCAGGGGGCGGUAAUGUGCGUAUAGAGACUGUGAAGUUGGACUUCAAAGACAAAGCCCAAGCCAAGGUGGGUUCCAUGGAUAAUGCUCAGCACACCCCUGGUGGAAACCGUGUCACGAUUGAGACCCACAGGCUGAUGUUUCGCGACCAAGCCAAGGCAAAAGUGGACCACGGAGCAGAGAUCAUCGUCCAGUCGCCGGGCAUGUCUGGCUUAGAGUCCCCCCAGCGCAACCGGGACAGCCAACUAUCGUCCUCCGGCAGCCUCAACGUGCUGGAGUCGCCGCAAUUAGCGACUCUGGCUGAGGACGUCACCGCGGCUCUGGCCAAGCAGGGUUUGUGAACACUGGACCUCUGGAUUCCUGAUCUGCAACCCCAGACAUCCUCUUACCCUGAUCCCUUCAAACUUUUCUGCCCUCUCCUGCCACCCUGAGGCCGACCUCAGCUAAACCACAGCCUCUAAACAUCUCCACUUCCAGAUC